ACAGGAAACAGAUGGAAGUCGCACCCAUGAAGACGCUGACUGCAUCGUGGCCUCGGGCCCUCUGCUCUGGACGGAGCAGGUUAUUAAACCUAGUGAUCUGGUCCUGCUUUUCAACAGGAAGUCGCGCUGUCUGCAGGGCAAAACGAAGAAGAAGGAGUUCUCGCGAUAUCUGCUGCGGUGCAACAGUAAUCGGUCGUCCCCGAGCCGGGUUCAUCCGACACCCUCACCAAUCAAGCUGAACUG